AUGAGCGACCGAGCGGUUCCAGCAGUAGAGGAGGAGGUCGACUAUGAGGGGCUCGGCGACAACGUGCCACUGCACAUCAACAUGAUUGCCGGUUCGCUGGCAGGUAUCAGCGAGCAUGCCGCCAUGUAUCCUGUCGAUGUGAUCCGCACGCGCAUGCAGGUGCUCUCCGCGACACCCGCCGCCACGUACACAGGCGUGUUACAGGCGUUCAACCGGAUCAGCAGCUUGGAAGGCAUGCGUACGCUGUGGCGUGGUGUUGCCAGUGUCAUCAUGGGCGCCGGUCCAGCGCACGCAGUCUACUUUGGCACCUACGAAACAGUCAAGGAGGCGACGGGCGGGAAUCGCGAAGGACACCAGUUUGCCAGUACAGCCUUCGCCGGCGCAUCCGCCACUGUCGCCGCCGAUGCGUUCAUGAACCCCUUCGAUGUGAUCAAGCAGCGCAUGCAGAUGCAUGGCUCGCAGCACCGCACCGUCCUGCAGUGCGCCUCUACGGUGUACAAGCAGGAAGGUCUGCGUGCGUUCUACGUCUCGUACCCGACGACGCUCACCAUGACGGUGCCCUUCACCGCCGUGCAAUUCUCGGUGUACGAGUGGGCCAAGAAGGCGCUCAACCCGGGGGAGAGCUACUCGCCAUUGACGCACGUUUCGGCAGGUGCAUUCUCGGGUGCCGUAGCAGCAGCGGUGACCAACCCGCUCGAUGUGGCCAAGACGCUCUUGCAGACACGAGGCAGCAGCACCGACGGACAGAUUCGAAACGCCUCGGGCAUGUUUGAGGCUUUCAAGAUCAUCCACGCAAGGGAAGGAAUGAAGGGGUUCGCACGAGGUCUCUCGCCUAGGGUUCUGACGUUCAUGCCGUCCAACGCGCUUUGCUGGCUCUCGUACGAAGGAUUCCGUUUCUUCCUUAACGAGCAGGCCAAGGCGUCCGUCUAA